AUGCCACCAUUGAAAGUUAAAACCAAGAUCGUGAAACCUGUACCCAUACCCGACAUGCCACGCUGCCCGACCAUUGUGGAGAAGGAGAAUUCCCAUCCACUACCACCUCACCGCCCUUGGGAACAACAACAGCCAAUUGAAGUACACCCGCCCUUGGGAAAUGCAGAUGAUAGUGACAAGAUAUUGGACGAUGACAUCGCCCAUGCUCCAGGACCACGUACCACGAAGCCUCGACCCCCGAAAUUGGACGAGAAACUAAAAACCUCUGCUGAAGGAAGGCGAAUUACUUGA